CGUUUCCCCGGUGAAAGUUCAGGUACAGAAGGUGAAUCGAGCCUACAAAGUCAACGUAGCGUAGUUUACUUACACGCUACUACCGUUGGUGCCAUACCGCAGCCAUAUCACUUAAGACGUCGUUCCAUAUCACGUGAUGAUCUAAGAUCAAACAAAAGUAAAAAUCAACCACUGCAGCCAAUGACACGUACAGUUUCCCGAUCGGUCUCGAUGUUGGCACCAUGGAAACCAAAACUUAUAAGUGAGGGCUACGAAAUCAAUUACUCGCAAGAGCAAAACAAACGAAUGUCCACACUACCACGUAAACCGCAUCAAAAUGGUAGCACAAGCACACUAACACGCAACAAUAAAAAGUCAGAAGCACCUUCUACUCGAACAAGACGACAUGAACUAAUCAAAGACGACCAGUCGUCAUUGAGGAAUUCAUCAACGACAAGUGCAUCUAAAUCGGCGCUCUCCUCAAACUUACGCAAUGUAGAUAACAGAAGAAAGAUAAAAUGAGCUUACUGCUUCUCGUAAAUUUAGGAGCCAUGUACACCUGACCCAAGGAAAGUAACUAACCAAAUUAGGAUCCCUGUACGACGUAGUACAUAUGCUCGUCCUUUGCACGCAGCUUUAUCAGCAAGUUUAAUAAAUUAAUUGGUGCUCUUGAUGUGUUUGUGAAAAAGAGUAGCAUGUAGUAUUUAAGUUAAAGUUUUUUUCUAAUCAAAACAAAAGCUUUCGAGCGACUAAAGCUUUUAAGCUUUCGAGCAUAUCAAUAUCAUUCAAUGAAUAAUAAUGAACUUUCUUAACUUUGCAACUAAUUGUAUGCAAUUCUCGUCAUAAUAAAUACCUUUUAUUAUAAUUAUUAUUAAUUUUAGUUUUAUAAAAUAUAUGACAUAAUUAUAAUUUUAAAAAUAUAUAUUGUACUAAUUGCAAACUUAAAUCUUAAACAUAACACAAUAAA